UUCAUCACGCAACCAACAAAUUGACUGAACUUCAACAAAUUGAACUUCAAUAUGUGUUUAAUAACAGAAGUGGCCUCAAUAAAAGAGCUACUACUUCUUUUAGUAGCUUCAAGUGUCAUCUAUAAUACCUUCCAGAAAAUGGAUUUGUUAACACAAAAUUUAAGAAGUCUCAAAGAGAAAUUUGACAUUGAAAAAGUCUCUCAGAAUGACACAAUGAGAGUCUUGAAGAAAACUGUAGAACGACUAAAAGACGAACUACGGGAGUCGGAAGCAGCGACGAAGAGAGCUCUGAAGGAAUUAAGACUCCAGCAAAUGGAUAAAACAGGUAUGGUGGAUUACGCUUAUGGAGGAAGAGUAACUCCAACUCAAGGUACAGAAAGUUACCUUUCAGAAGGUGUUAAUUUCUUUGGCGUCUCUGUUUGCGGCCAGAACUACUUGGAAGGGCGAAUAGUAGAAACGUCCGUUAUGCCUGGCGAUUGCUGGCCAAUCAAAGGUCAACAAGGAUCCGCCAUUAUUGAGCUUAUCGAAGAUGUAAACGUGAGUCAAAUCAGUUUAGAGCACGCACCAAAAGAACUGCUUCCGAACGGUGCUUCGUCAGCACCGAAGGAGUUUUCUCUACUUGGGCUGUCGGAUAAUGGAAAUGAAAACCAAACUCCUCAUUUAUUCGGAAGAUUCGCUUACAAUCUAGCCUCAUCUGAGGUGCAGACUUUCCCAGUUCAGAUACCUAGUUCAAAAUCGUUCAAGAAAGUCGAAGUUCAAAUUCACUCUAAUCAUGGUCAUUCGGAGUUCACCUGCGUUUAUAGAGUUAGAAUUCAUGGGAACACACGGAAAUGAAAUGCCACUCUGAUGGAAAAAUACAGAACAGUUUAUUCAGUUGGAACUGCAAUAUCAUCGUGUUCAGCUAAACCAUUUGGGGUUUGAUGUGUGAUUCAGAAUUUUACCUUUAAAAAACAUUAACUAUUUGCGUAUAUAUUUCAAAAUUAAAAAGCUUACCUAAGCUUGUGUGAACGUCCUAAUAAAACUUAG